AUGAAUCCUCUUCCUUUUCGCGCGGGGACUCAAAAUCCGAGUAACUCGUAUGAGCUACCUCCCGUACAAUCGGUGACCUCGGGUACAUACCCGGCCCCGAGUGUAAUGCUUUCCGCCCCGCCAAGUAGACCCGACAGUGGCAUGAGAAUGUCUCACUUGUUACAGCCUAUGCCACAGUCAGGUCAGCAAGCUAUGCCCCAAGCAUCGCCACAUGCAAUCCCACCAGCGCCAGGUCCAUCGACCUCGCCGUAUCCGCGAUUUUAUGAAUCGGCAUCAGGAUCUCCUGCUGAGAAUGGAGGAUUGCCUGAAUCGUCGCAUAUGGGAGCUCAUCCAGGAAAUCCGGGUCUAUUCCAGACCAGUCCAAUCGGACAUAGUCAUUCGCAAGCCCAACUGCAACAGAAGAGAGCUUAUCGACAGCGAAGAAAGGAUCCAAGCUGUGAUGCUUGUCGGGAACGGAAAGUGAAAUGCGAUGCAUCGGAGUCUAGUAGUUGCACGGAAUGCAAUAACCGACGAGUUCGAUGUCAAUUCACCAAGGAGACCAAUCGUCGCAUGUCGUCAAUCAAGCAAGUUCAGGAUCUGGAGCGCCAGCUUCAUAUUACCAAGCAGCAGUUGCAGCAAGCUAGGACAGGCAUGUUGCGCCCUGAUCAUUUGAUGGAUCUGGAUGAGAGUGCGGCUCAACCGAUGAUCAAACUCCCGGAGAUUGAUUACAAGCCUGCUAGGCGGCCCAAGAUCUCACUCAACGAAGAUCUAUCCGAGGUGCGCAAGAAUUUACGACAACACGGUCGUGGUAUCUUGAAAGUUCCUACACCUUAUCAGCAACAAGGUGCACGGUCUGUUGUUAUGGGUGAUGUGCCGAGCCUACCGCCGAAGGAGGUUGCCGAUCACCUCUUGGCUCAGUAUUUCAACUGCAUUCACUCUGUCUUUCCGGUUCUUCAUUGGCCAACCUUCCUUGCAGAAUAUGAGCAGGUCUAUCGGGCUGGAUCUAUUGCGGGCGUUUCCAGUGAAUGGGCUGCAGUCUUAUAUGGAGUCUUUGCAUGUGGUGCAGUCCAUACCGUGGAGCCGGAUCGCGAGGAACGGGCCAAGGAAUUUGUGCGCAUAUCCUGUGUCAUCAUUGAUGUCUGGCAAGAUAGCUUUAAUCUGGAUAGAGCUCGAGCAGCUUUACUGGCCAGUAUGUUCCUGUAUGAGGUGAACUCAAAAUCGGCGAGUUGGGUGUGGAUUGGAUCUGCAGUACGCGUGGCGCAGGAGAUUGGCUUGCAUAUCGAAUCCGGACCAUGGCCUCCAUUGGAAGGAGAAAUGCGGAAACGUCUUUGGUGGGGUCUAUAUACUUGGGAUCGGCUGCUCGCUCUUGAGAUGGGCAAACCAGUUUUGAUAAAUGACCAAGACUGCGAUAUCGACCUACCCUGUCCUAUUGAUGAUCAGUAUAUCAGUGAAGGUGGAAACAUUCCAGAGACUCAACAAACAACCCCAAUGCUGGCAACCAUCCAUGUAGUCCGAUCCAUCGGCCAACUCACUCGAACUCUCCGAUCAACCACAAUCAGCCCUGCAACUCUUGAAACCUUCGAACGCCAUUUCAAUUCAUGUCUAGCCACAUUCCCUCCAAAUCUUCACCCGAAAACCGACCAAGAUCUAGAUCCCCGGUCAUUAGCACCCAUCAUCUAUCUCCAAAACGCUCGUCUUCUUCUUCAUCGACAUAACAUCACGCCCUUCUGCCAAGAAAUCGUUCGCUCAAUGGCAAUGGACUAUUGUGCCUCGACGGCUGCUGACACCGCCUCAAUUCUCUCCCGCUGUAUGCGCAACUCCAGUCCCGCGGACUGGAAGACCCUCCUCGCCUCAUCGGCCGGGACUCUGCUUUGUACACAUAUCUGGCGUUGUACGCUCUUCCUUUUAUUCCGACAAGACUUCAUCUCCGCCUUAAUCUGCGUCCAAGCAAGCGCAGCAAUUGGCGAUGGUCGCGCAAUUAACGUCGCCUGUGUUCGAUAUCUCGCCUUCUUCAUUCGUAUUCUCCUAGAUCGCUUCCGACAGGAUGACAUGAUGAUCCUUGAUACCGACGAAGAGAUGAUGGCCUACGUAUCCGGCGACAUGCAAGGCACCAGUGACGGAAGCUGGGUGUGGCAAGGUAGCGAAACAGGCUCACAUCUUGAAGCGAUAGCAUCAUCCCGGAACCCAUCAGCUCCGUUAUCCGAGACCGAUGGACCGAUAUCGUGGGAAGAACCCAAGAAGAUGUGGGAAUGGAUUGAGAGCACCGUCCAAGAACUCAUCACCGAAAAGCAGCGCCGAGACUUCGAUGCUCAGCUACGCGAGCCAACACAGACUCCACAGCAAGCAGCGAGUCCAGCGAUGUUGGUCGCUGAGUCUGCGGCUUCAGAUACGACUGAGCGAUCGAGUUCAGCUCACUCACGCAUGGAUAUCGCGAGUCUUAUUUAA